AUGCUCACUAUUCUCAAUAAACAUUUUCGCGCCAUAAUUUAUUACAACUUUCAGAGACAAUUAUCGCAACAAGAACGCCUGGCUGAGUUACUGUCUGUAUUCGGCAACGAAGCGCCACAUCAGUCGACAAUUUCCCGUUGGUAUGGAGAAUUCAAACGUGGACGGGUGAGUCUUAGCGACGAUCCCAGGGAAAACGUCGAUGCUGUGCGCGAACUCAUUGAAGAUAGACAUAAAGCAGCCAGGGUUAAUUGCAUUGUUAGUGGUGAUGAAUCGUGGAUUUACUGUUAUGAACCAGAAAAUAAACGACAGUCGGCUGUUUGGGUGUUCCAAGGUGAAGAAAAGCCAACAAAAGUCAUCCGUUCUCGAAGUGUUUCGAAAAAGAUGGUCGCGACAUUGCUUCGAAAAAUCAACCCCGAAAGAAGAAUCAUCCUCCACCAAGACAAUUCAAGCUCGCACACAGCCCAAAAAAUAAGGCAGUAUUUAACGGAAGCAAACGUGGAAUUAUUGGACCAUCCUCCAUAUAGUCCCGAUCUAAGUCCUAACGAUUUCUUUACUUUCCCAAAAAUUAAAAACAGACUGCGUGAUCAAAGGUUCCAGUCACCAGAAGAAGCAGUUGACGCAUUCAAAAAUGCCGUUUUUGAUCUGCCAGCAAACGAGUGGAAUAAGUGCUUCGAAAAUUGGUUCGAGCGCAUGCAGAUGUGUAUUAAUCUUCCACACCAAUGGAAAUGA